GAGACCUGGAGACCUACACACCCUUAACUAGCUCCUAACGGGACAACCAACCAGUUUCUACAGUGUUUCAUGAAUGUUAUCCAUGUCAGGCAAAAAUUAUCAAAGCAGCAUGCUAGCCUGGACGUUGCCCCAAGAAUCACCAGACGGAUGUCCAGUUCUGAGGACUCGAAGCCGAAGUCACGUCGCAAGGCCAGUUGUGGGGAGAGUUUAUCAUCAGUGGACCGAAUUCGCAAACACGCGACAAGGCACUUGGGCUACAUCACCCUCAGUCUGGCCAUGAAAGGUCUGGAGGAGAUGCCAGGAGAACUGUGGGAGCUCCAAGAACUACAGAAGCUCAACCUCUCCCUGAAUGGUCUCUCUGUCCUCCCGUCAGGUCUGGGAGCGCUGGAGAACCUCGAGGUGCUCAACUUGUGGGGGAACGAACUGGUCAGUCUACCGCCGGAGAUCGGACAACUCCACAACCUUCGUGUUUUGUUUGCACACAGGAAUCACUUGAGUGAAGUUCCUGAAGAACUGGGCAGAUGUACCAACUUGGAGGUCCUGAGCUUGGCUAAUAACCAGAUCACAGGGCUUCCAAACAGCUUUUCCAACUUGCAAAAACUCACCAAACUCAACCUGAGCCACAACCGGAUUGAACACAUCCCAGCCUGCGUGUACGGCAUGAAGAGCCUUGUGUUCAUGCAUCUGGCCAACAACCGUCUGGAGAACAUCGCAGACAAGAUCCAGGACCUGGUGAACCUCAAGAUCUUGAUCGUAGAGCAGAAUUCCCUCCAUGUUCUUCCCCGAACGCUGUGCUGUCUGACCAGUCUGGAACUCUUGAAUGUGGACUUUAACAAUCUCCAGAGCAUUCCUGAUGAGAUGUACAUGCUCAGACGGUUGGAGAAGCUUGCUUGUCAUCCUCUGGAUAAAGGUUUGCAUAUUGUGCAUAAUCCACUGUUGAAACCCAUUCAGGAGGUUCUGCAGGGGGGUCUGAAAAGCCUGUAUAACUACCUCAAACCUGCCUAAAGAUCUCGCUCUCAAUCUAACAGAUUACAUAAAUCAAACAUAUAUAAAGUUUUUGUUAAAAAAAAAAAGGUAAAGCAUUGCACAAAGUAUGAGGCUUUUGACUUUGUUAUAUGGUGUUAUGUGUGUGUACAAAUUAAGUAGUUCUUAAAGUAUUUCUCCUGUUGUUCACUGUUAAUUUACUUUGAAACAGGAUUUGUGAACCUAUUUUUGUUGUUGUUAACAUUUAAUGUAUGAAUGUCUGUAUUGUAUUAAAAAUUGUUAACCUUGAGACCCGAGCGUGACUGCUGUGUGCAUUUUCCAUUUCCCUUUUUUAUUUGUAACUAGUAGCCUCUAAUAAACAUGCAAAAAAACAGUAAAAAAUUCAAGAGCAUAUAGUUUUCCUAAAAAUGUAUGUCCACAUAUGUGGACAGCGAGACUACAUUGUGAAAUUUUAAAUAACUUCAAGCUAUAAAAAUUAAGAUUUUUUUCAUCAAAUAAUUUAUGAUGUUUCCAGGAGUGUUGAUUAUUCAUAUUUUUGAGACCUUACAGACAUUACAUCAGAAAUUAGCAUAAUUAAUUCUGAUUCAAAGUAAUGUCCAGCAUCAUCCAAUCACUGUCAAUCAUGUUAAAAUAAAAUGAUACAUUAUAAAUUCUGAAUCUAUGUACUGAUUAUCAUUGUCACAUGUCUGUCAAACAUGUUGAGUGAUCCAAACAUCAUCUGCAGCCUGAAACUGAACUUUUGAUCAGAUUUUAGGAGUGAAUGCACUUAACUGCAUAGAGAGCUAUAGGAUGCUCCCUUGCUCCCUAUUUAGUGAAUGACUUAACCUCCAGUGUGCUGUCUGUCUGCACUGGUCUCAGAACAGUUUGAAAUGCACCUUAUUUUCAUCCUAACUCCAUAUAAAGCCU